UGAGUGAGCAUCAUUACUUGUCUGUACCAACAGUCCAACAGCGCACAGAGAGAGAUUUAUCAAAUUCACCAAAAGAAAAAGAUGGGUCGAGCAGCAUUCUAGUGUUGGUCGGUACUCUCUUCUCCUCGAUCAAUGGAAUGCUCUUCUUCUUCUUCUUCUUCUUCUUCCUCUUCUUUAAGCAGCUUUUCCAUACUGCGAAAGCCUUGCCCAUUUGUACCACCAUUUACCGCCGUUUAUAGGAAGCAGCAGCAGCAGCGGCGACCCCUUAUCCAACUCUCCGCCGUUUCUUACAACAAAUUCAUUCACUUCGCUUUGGAUGAAUCCAAACGCCGCACCCAUUUGGCCCCUUCUCCCCUCCAGGAAAGAUAUAAUUCCAUGGUUUCCAUGGAUGGUAAUGCAGAACUUCAAAUGUCAUCCUUCAAAGCUACUAAGAUUAGGCUUUUACGUAGCCUAUGUAUUGAGACUCGAACAAUGCAGGUUUUGGAUUUUGCUGUCUUCCCAGAACCAGAAUUUGAUAUGCCAAUCUUUUGUGCCAACUUCUUCACCAGUGCGGAUGUCAACAUAGUUGUGCUGGACCUCAACCCUUUGCACAACGUUAUUAUUGAAAGAGAAUACAGAGAUAAAUACUACAAAGGCCUAAUACCUCUUGGUGUCAAAUAUGCUGAGCUUUUACCAUGGGGUGGGAAGCUUACUAGCGAGUCAUUGAAAUUUUUUUCACCCAUUGUUAUAUGGACAAGAUUUACGUCAAGUCCAGAAAAAUAUGAGGUUUUAUAUUCGGCUUUCAUGGAUUAUUACAAGGCAUGGCUCGAGCUGAUGGACCAAGCAGUAGUGGAGACAAAUGCCUCUCAAAUUAAACGUAACCGUGAAGCGCAACAUCGAUAUCUAACUUGGAGAGCAGAAAAGGAUCCUGGACAUGGAGUUCUGAAAAGGUUGAUUGGGGAGACACAAGCAAAGGAUUUGCUGGUGAACUUCCUGUUCAAUGGAAUUGAUAAACUAGGAAGCAAAAGUUUCCUGGAGUACUUUCCCGAGUACUGCUGUGAGGAUGGGACUAUAAAUCACAAACGUAGUAUAAUUGGAAAGUCUUAUGAAAGUCGCCCGUGGGAUAGAAAAGGAGAGUUUGUUAGUAGCAAUUUUGAAAGUUAGAUUGUAAUAUAAAUUUGUCUUACCAUCUGUUUCAUUUGUUUACUUUGUGGAUUUUUUUUUUCCUGCUUUUUUGAAUCCAGAUCUUGUACAGUAAUAGUAGUAGCUAAACAAAACUUGAACGGACUCGGUUUUACGGAGUUCAAUCCAAAUUUGUUAGACCUACUAGAUAUGUAGAAUGGAUUUCCAAUGUUGUACAUGUAUGGAAUAAGAAUGAAAAAAAUGAGAGUA